AUGGGUAAUAAGUUAUCGUGCUCUUGUGCUCCGCUCAUAAGGAAAGCAUACAGAUACGAAGAUUCACCGUGGCAAACAUCGAGGAGAAGAGAUGGUCAUCUGCUAAGGUACAGGCUUUGGGCGGAAGUUUUCCACGUUUCUAGCGGUACGGGCACGAUAAAAUGGCAACAAGUUUCAGAAGAUUUGGUACCCGUCAAUAUAACAUGCAUACAAGAUUCACCGGAAUGCGUUUUCCACAUAACUGCCUAUAACAGCCAAGUCGAUAAAAUAUUAGACGUACGACUCGUUCAACCAGGUACUCGAAUCGGUCAAGCAUCGGAAUGUUUCGUUUAUUGGAAAGAUCCCAUGACGAGUGAUACCUGGGGACUUAAUUUCACGUCUCCCAUUGAUGCAAAACAAUUUAAAGAAUGUUGCUCACCGUCUUUCAAAUUUUCACGAAAAGCUUCAUCAUCGUACAGUUUAAAAUUAGAUCCGCCAAAUAAGCAAAAAAUAAAAACAAAACGUAAACCGUUAUCGACUCCAGCGAGUCCGAGUAGGUCACGUGAGCCACAAUGCACGUGCAUGACAGCCGAACAAUAUGCUAGAUUAAGAGCACAAGAUCCUAGAUAUCGUAGGGGAUCGUCUACUUUACCUAGAGCCACGACAAGAGCGACGGAAACGGAUACGGGUGUCAGGAGUGAAAAAGUCACGGCUGCAACUUCGAGCACGUCACUAUACGACAACGUCACGGGAAACAAAACGCAACAAACACGCUCAACAUCCGCAGGAGAAAAUACAGGUACGAAAACGACGAGAGAUCGCGGAACUCAACAACAAACAGAUUCGGGUACCAUGACAUCAACGACGGGAAAACAAACGGUCAUACAAAACCACAUUGGAUCCCAAGUGAGUUUUUUUCAAAACGAGGAAAGAAACGAAACCACAACCGAAAAAUGUAAAAGCGAAGGUACUCAAGCGGGAGGAACUCUUUCUCAAAUUUCAACUCAAACAAGUCACAAAAAUCAAACAAAUAAAAACAGAGAUCAUCACCAUCACAUUCUCACAUCAACAAGAAGCAUCGAUUACGACAUUGAUCUGGUACCCAUGAGCAAAUCAACGGACGACAUGAGAGACGAACAAAGAGACAUGAACCUCGAUUCGAACACCCUAAAGAAAAUGUUAAAACCGAUGAUGAGCAAUGAAAGUCCGGCUACGUCACCGGAAAUGACGAGAAGAAGAUAUGCGUCUUCUAAUUACUAUAACACUCAUCAUCCUUCUCAUUACGGUCAUCAUCAAUAUCGAGAACAUCAAUUCAAUAACAGAAACGUCAUGAGUGACGUCGAAGGAACGCCACGGGGUCACCGGAAACAAAUAAUAACCGAUCGGGAAAGAAACGCAAGAUUUUCCGGUUCAAGGUCAUCUCACGAAAUCGGUAGAGGUUAUCCGAAUCGCGACAGAGGACUUUAUUUAGAACUGGAAAGAACUGGAGUGCCGCCACCGGAUAUGUCGCCACCAUCGGACAACGUACUUUUCGACAACCAAUGUUACGCCACGACACCGAGCUCGAGUAACGGUAAUUCUGAUUUAGAUGCACCGACAACGAAUUAUCGGGGAGGUCACUAUCGGACCCCUUCGGCACCGGGAAGUCCGACAUCCAGAUUGUUACUCGAAUACGAAAUGCAUUUGCGUAACACACUCGCCAAAGGCAUGGAUGCAGAAAGUUACAGUUUGCACACGUUCGAAGCGUUGCUCAGUCAAUCGAUGGAAAAUUUAGAAUUUGCCGAAAGCAUUCCAACUACAAAAUCAUCGACUCUUCCACUAUCGAAUCGUUUGAGCUUCGAAAGGCCCCCGAAUUCCACGCGUGAUCGCGAAGGAUACUACAGCGAUCGUAACGAAUUAAUGCGCGAAAGAGAGCGUGACCGCGGAUACCUGAGCGACCACAACACUUCGAGUCGAUGCGCGUCUUGUUUGGGCGAAUCCGCAAGAGCUCAAUGGUUUCGUCAUUCCGACGGUUGGCGUUCCGGAAGUUCCGCAUUGGGUUCCGGUACCGGAUCGGGUAUCAUGAGUCAAAGUUCGAUAUCUAGUCACAAGAGGUCACCGUGGGAUUCUUUACCAUCUCUGAGACACGAUAACAGCCGAGACGAUAGCAGUUAUAAGAGUAUGAGAGGAGAUUCGUUCGAUCAAAGCAGCAUUUUCGACAGACAAGAUAGUCAGAGAUCAGAUUACAUAAGCGCGAGAGAUUCAAGGUACGGAAUGGUACAGCAAGCAUCAGUUGAAAGUGCAGAUUCUCGUUUAUGCUACCUCACGUCAUCCGAGAUGUCAGACGAAGACCGAAUGUCUCUGACAACGGCUGUCAGCGACGAAGAGGAUGGAGAAUCCGUUCACAAUUCUCCGUAUCGUGCCAAACAAACUGGAACGGCUGCUGCUUCCUUCAAUUGCACUGGAGCCGUUCGAAAAGCCGGAUUUCUAAGCGUUAAAAAAUGGCUUUUGCGUAAAAAACAUCAGAUAGAACUCGCUAGAAAAAGAGGUUGGAAAGGUUAUUGGGUUUGUUUGAAAGGAACGACUUUGUUAUUUUACCCGUGCGAUAGUCGAGAAGGAAGAUCCGUGGAAGCUGCACCCAAACAUUUAAUUAUUGUCGAUGGAGCUAUUAUGCAACCGAUACCGGAACAUCCGAAAAGAGAUUAUAUAUUUUGUUUGAGUACAGCUUUCGGUGAUGCUUAUUUAUUUCAGGCACCCUGUCAAGUUGAACUUGAAAAUUGGGUUAAUAGUAUACACAGUGCUUGUGCAGCUGCAUUUGCAAGACACAGAGGUAAAACAGGAACAUUACAUCUCCUGCAAGAAGAAAUAUUCAGAUUAGAAAAAGCCAUUGAAUCGUUAACUUCUUUUCAGAUUUCAAUAGAUUUACAACAAAGCGUAGUUUCUGAUCCGGAGACAAAACAACAAAUUUAUGGCCAAAUCGUCGAAUGGGAAGAAAAUUUAGAAAGAUUACAUUGCGAACAAUUUAGACUCAGAUGUUACAUGGCGAGUUUACAUAAUGGAGAACUUCCUAAUCCAAAGAGUCUUUUAACUCAUGUUUCAAGAGCAACGAAAAACACUCUUAAUAAAUUGGGAGUAUUUACUGUAUCUUCAUUUCAUGCUUUUAUAUGUGCAAGAAGUCCAUCAUUGCUAAAUAAUUUAUUAGCAGGAAGAGGAGCAACAAAAAGAAGGCCUCCCAUGUUGUCUAGAAGUAAUUCAGGAAGUUCUAGAAGGAGUCUUCAAAUGAAUUCAAAAGAUGAAUCAGAAAAGAGUGUCAAGGUUUCACUUCCAGACAAUCAGACGGCACAUGUGUACAUUCGAGAAUCAAUGUCGGUUGAGGAAUUCUUGGCCAGUGCUUGCAAUAGAAAGAACUUAAAUGCCAUGGAACACUUUGUUAGAGUUAAGAAAAGACGAGAUAUGGAAGAUCACAAUUAUUUUGUACCUCACAGAACAGAUCUCAUCGAAACAUAUCUCCAUACUCAUGAAAUUGUCGAAGUUUGUGCCAAAAUAUUAUACCAAGUAGAAUUACAAAGAACCACACUCGAACAAAUGUGGGGAUUUUCUGUUGAAGCUGAACUUAUCGAAAAUGCUGAUAAGCAAGAUGAACUUUGUUGUUAUGUCAGUAGAGUAGAAGACAAGAGUGUUGCAAUGCAAAACGGAAUAAUAAAAGGGGAUGAAAUAAUGGUUAUUAAUGGAGCCAUAGUCAGUGAUUUAGAUAUGAUGUAUUUAGAAAGUGUACUUCAAGAAGAAUUGGCUCUUUGUAUGAUGAUGAGAUCUAGCAGAACAGAACCGCCUGAUUUAACUGCUGUUUCUGGAAUUAUGAGAUCAACAGAUGACAUAAUUGAAAGCUUAGUUUGCCCCCCACCACCAUCAGAUCCCCCAGUGAUCAGUGAGGAAAUGAUAUCUGGCUUAAUCGUGCCUGCUCCAGCCUGGAGUAAAGAAUUGUAUUCCCCAGAUGAACCUGAAACAUCCCCAGCUGUAUCAUCUGAAAAUCCAAAAGCAACAUCUAGGACUAAUUCAUUCGAAAUUGAAAAUCUUUUGAAAACUGCUGAACAAGUUACAGCUAGAAAUAGUCCUACAGGAAGCGUGGCUAGUCAACAAUUACAAAGUAUUUAUCCACCUGGGAGACAAUUAACACAUGCUGAAAAACUUAGAAAAGUGAUUUUGGAAUUGGUAGACACAGAAAGAACCUACGUUGAACACUUGAACAAUCUCUUAGAAAAUUAUUUAAAACCAUUGAAAAAGGAAACAUUUUUAUCAAAUGCGGAAAUUAAUGCCCUCUUUGGUAAUAUACAAGAAAUCGUUACAUUUCAAAGGCUGUUUUUACAAAAUUUGGAAGAAUCGUUAAAACUCGAACCGGACUUUCACAAAUUUGAUCAUCCUAGUCAAUUUAAAAAUGUUCUUCUCUCUAUCGGAAGCGCUUUUCUGUAUUAUGUUAAUUAUUUUAAACUGUACAGUUCAUUUUGCGCAAGUCAUUCAAAAGCUCAAAAAGUUUUACAUCCCAAUGAAGGGAAUCAAGCAUUGCAAGAAUUUUUAGCAGCGAGAAAUCCGAGACAACAACAUUCUUUUACCCUAGAGUCAUACUUAAUCAAACCAAUACAAAGAAUUUUAAAGUAUCCGUUGCUACUUCAACAGCUUAGAAAUCUCACGGAUCCACAAAGCAAUCAACAUCAGCAUUUAGUCGAGGCAUUGAAAGGAAUGGAAAAAGUCGCGGAACACAUAAACGAAAUGCAAAGAAUACACGAAGAAUAUGGUGCGAUAUUCGAUCAUUUGUUCAGACAACAUCAGAAAUCUUGCAAACAGCCUAUCGAUUUGAGUCCCGGGGAUCUUUUGUACUAUGGCGGAGUCGAAUGGUUAAAUAUAUCUGAUUUUCUGGGUAAAAUAAAAAAAGGACUCGAACUUCACGCCAUGUGUUUCGUUUUUAAAUCUGCUGUUGUUUUCCUUUGCAAAGAAAGGCUUCGUCAAAAGAAAAAAUUGAUGGGUGUUUCUUCCAAGAGCAGUUCGAACGAAGUAGAAAUAAUUCGAUAUCAAGUAUUGAUACCAGUUACCGAAGUUCAAGUGAGAGCAUCGUCUGCUAAAGAUAUGGAUUCUCACUUUUUAUGGGAAUUGAUUCACUUGAGAAGUCAACUACAUCGAAGAUCGGAAAAAGUUUACGUUUUAUCCAAUAGCACGGCCGAUUUUAGAAACGCUUUUUUGAAAACUAUUAGACAAAUCAUUCGUGAGAGUGUGCGAAAUAUGAGUAUACCUGCCACAAAACCAGGUAACUCUUCGUUGAACGGUGCGUUAACACUACCGAAACCUCCUCCUCGAGAUUUUAGCACUUCCAGCAAGGGAAGCACUUCCGGUAAAAAAAAAAAAAAAAAAUUUCGAUAA